AUGGACGCCAGGUGGUGGGCAGUGGUGGUGCUGGCUGCGCUCCCCUCCCUGGGGGCAGGGGGCGAGACCCCCGAAGCCCUUCCAGAGUCAUGGACGCAGCUGUGGUUCUUCCGCUUUUUGGUGAACGCUGCUGGCUAUGCCAGCUUUAUGGUCCCCGGCUACCUGAUGGUGCAGUACUUCAGGCGGAAGAACUACCUGGAGACAGGCAGGGGUCUCUGCUUCCCCCUGGUGAAAACUUGUGUGUUUGGCAAUGAGCCCAAGGCCUCUGACGAGGUCCCUCUGACUUCGCGGUCUGAGCCUGCGGAGACCACUCCCACUUGGCAAGCCCUGAAGCUGCUCUUCUGUGCUGCGGGGCUCCAGGUGUCUUAUCUGACCUGGGGAGUGCUGCAGGAAAGAGUGAUGACCCGCAGCUAUGGGGCUACUGCUACAUCGCCAGGUGAGCGCUUCACAGACUCACAGUUCCUGGUGCUAAUGAACCGAGUGCUGGCGCUGAUCGUAGCUGGCCUCUACUGCGUCCUCUGCAAGCAGCCCCGCCACGGGGCGCCCAUGUACCGGUACUCCUUUGCCAGCCUGUCAAACGUGCUUAGCAGCUGGUGUCAGUACGAAGCCCUCAAGUUCGUCAGCUUCCCCACCCAGGUGCUGGCCAAGGCCUCUAAGGUGAUCCCAGUCAUGCUCAUGGGAAAGCUGGUGUCGCGGCGCAGCUACGAACACUGGGAAUACCUGACGGCUGGCCUCAUCUCCAUUGGGGUCAGCAUGUUUCUGCUGUCCAGUGGACCAGAGCCCCGCAGCUCCCCAGCCACCACGCUGUCAGGCCUCAUCCUCCUGGCAGGCUAUAUUGCCUUUGACAGCUUCACCUCAAACUGGCAGGAUGCCCUGUUUGCCUAUAAGAUGUCUUCGGUGCAGAUGAUGUUCGGGGUCAACUUAUUCUCCUGCCUCUUCACCGUGGGCUCGCUGCUAGAGCAGGGGGCCCUCCUGGAGGGGACCCGCUUCAUGGGGCGACACAGUGAAUUUGCUGCACAUGCCCUGCUGCUCUCUAUCUGCUCUGCGUGUGGCCAGCUCUUCAUCUUCUACACCAUAGGGCAGUUUGGGGCUGCCGUCUUCACCAUCAUCAUGACCCUCCGCCAGGCCUUUGCCAUCCUCCUCUCCUGCCUUCUCUAUGGCCACACUGUCACUGUGGUGGGGGGCCUGGGGGUGGCUGUGGUCUUUGCAGCCCUCCUGCUCAGAGUCUAUGCCCGGGGCCGUCUAAAGCAACGGGGAAAGAAGGCUGUGCCUGUGGAGUCCCCUGUGCAAAAAGUUUGA